AUGGGUUCAUCAGCCUUCACGGCGUACCAGAAUGGCGCCGCCAAUGCAACUGGGAACAGCGGCAUUGGCGUGCACACAGUCACGGCCAUGGGCAGAUGGUCGGUUCUGAACAAGCAGCUCCCGCCGACCGACCACAUCAGGGCAAUCCAUGUCUAUGAUUUUGAUAACACGCUGUUCAAGACCCCUCUCCCCAAUCCGAAGCUCUGGAAUGGCCCGACAAUCGGCAUGCUCUCGAACCCCGACGCAUUUGUCAAUGGCGGAUGGUGGCACGACUCUCGCAUCCUGGCGGCGACGGGUGAAGGCAUUGCCAAAGAGGAACCACGCGCUUGGGAAGGGUGGUGGAAUGAGAAGAUUGUCGAGCUGAUCCACCUGAGCAACAAACAGAAGGACGCCCUCUGUGUGCUCCUCACCGGUCGCUCUGAGUCCGGCUUUGGCGAGCUGAUCAAGCGUAUGGCUGCGAGCAGAGGCCUGGAUUUCGAUCUGAUCUCACUCAAGCCCGCAGUCGGGCCGAACAACGAGCGAUUUGCCAACACCAUGGUAUUCAAGCAAGCGUUUCUGCAUGCGUUAAUGCAAACAUACAAGCAGGCCAAGGAGAUGCGCAUCUACGAAGACAGGAUCAAGCAUGUCAAGGGUUUCCGCGACUUCUUGGACGGGUACGAUGACAUCAAUGGCGAGGUCAUACAGGUUCUGGAUGUCGCUACCUACCUCGAUCCCAUUGUCGAAGUGGCCGAAGUGCAACAAAUCAUCACUGACCAUAAUGCGUCGCUCACUAAGCGGCGACGUGGAGUCAAGGGCGACCGCUUGGCCAUCAAUAAGACCGUCUUCUACACGGGUUACAUGAUCAGCAACACUGACACCCAGCGCCUACUUACACUGGCACAGACUCCACAGAACCUCCCCGAGGGCGAUCUCAAGUUCCACGCGAACAACAUCAUGAUCUGCCCCCGUCCAUGUCCUCCUGCGAUCCUUGAGAAAGUUGGUGGACUGGGCAGCAAAAUGACCUGGGAAGUGACGGGCACCGCCUCGUUCGAGAACACCAUCUGGGCAGUGUGUGUGAAGCCCGUACCUGCGACUGCCAGCUUCCACACCGGCGACCCCGUCCCACUUGUUGUCCUGGCUCUGCGUAAGGGUGCUCGCCAUAUCGACGCAGGUAAGAUUCAGAAAUGGCAGCCCGUGUCGCCCGACAAGGCUUUCCGCUUCGAGACCACCGUCGGCGAGAAAAUUCUGCUGCGUAUUGAAGGCGAAGCCGGCAGCCAACACCAUGGUCAUCAUGGUACCCAGGGCCAUCAUCACGACGGUCAGUUUCAUAAGGGCCAAAACAAUAAGCGCAAGCAUACCGGGGGCCAGGACGACUUCCGCGCACGUCAGUCGGGCGGCGCCCAGGGUGGGCAGCAGCCACAGCGACAGUUCCAUCAAGGGCGGAACUUCGCCGACGGCGGCGGAACUGGCGGCCCCGGCAAUGGUGGUGGUGGUGGCGGUGGUCGCGGCGGAGCAGCUGGACGUGGCAAUGCCAGAGGCGGAGGUGGCGGCGGUGGUAACCGUGGUUUCCGCAACUCUCGAGGAGGCGGUAAAGGCCGUGGCGGCGGUCGUGGUGGCCACGGCGGAGGAGGAAACCACCACUACAAGUCCCUCGACGACGUUGGAGGGCGCGACAAUACCCAUGGCGGGUUCGCACAAAUGUAUGAGGACGAACCGCACGCCCGGUUUCAGAACCAGAACAUCCCCAAGGGACCGGCGAACCCGGCGAACCCGGGGUUCUAUCCUGGAGCAAACGGGCAGCAGCAGUCGGGCAAGCCCAGUGGUGGUGCUGGUGGCGGUGGUGGGAUGGAGUUGAAUAACUUCUACUAA